GGAAGUUUGAUUUCUUUGGUUAUGGAAAAAGCUAAGCCUAAAUCAACCACAAAAAAGUUAGUCACAGACUAUCAAAAGGCACAUAAACGUGCUGAACUUGAACGUUUACGUAUAGCUAAAGAGCAUCAAAAGGAGCUGGAAAGAAAACAAAAACAAUUGGAGAAGGAAAGGCAACAACGAGAAAGACAGGAGAAGAAAGAUGCUGAAGAACGUGAAAAAGAAGAGAAGCGUCUGAAACGUAAAGAAGAGCAGCGCAAAAAAGAAGAGGAAAAAGAAAAUGAGCGUAAAAAGAAAGAAGAGGAAAAGCGCAAGAAAGAGGAAGAGAAAUUACUCAAGGAACAAGAAAAGAAGAGAGAAGAAGAGUUGAAAACCCAAAGGGAAGAAAAGCAACGGGCCGUUUUGUUAGGAUUUCUUGUGAAAUCAGAAAACAGAAAGGAGACUAAUACCAUCUCUGGCACAGACUGUGGACCGUUUAUACAAUUUGAAGUCAGAAAAGAUAUGAGAAUGGCUCCUUUGCACAGAAUGUCACCGGCUUUACUUUCUUCAAAACAAAGCAAUAUCGACAACUUAAGACAUACGUGGAUAAAUGGGGUUGAUAACGAUGCAGCAUCUUCACUUGGGUUACUUAAAUUCGGACGUGCCAAUUAUCUUCAUGAACUGCGAACAGGACAGAUAUUACCAUUAUCUUAUCCAAAUACCUGGCCAAUUGAACCUCCUGAAGUUCAGUAUCUUGGUGAUAGUAUCUAUCCUGCUAUAAACUCUAUCGCUUUAAAAGAACAUGGUAAUCGUGGUAGUGGGGGAACAGUGUGGCUGCGUGCAAAGUUAUUUCAAUUCGUUGAAAAUUAUCGACCUGCAUAUUAUGGUACAUGGCGACUGCGUAGUCGGAUUGUUACUGGUCGUAGACCAUUUGCUCGUGAUGAUUAUCAACUUGAUUAUUCCGUAGAUUCAGACGACGAAUGGGAGGAAGAAGAACCCGGUGAAAGUAUUACACAAUCUGAUAACGAAGACGAAGAAGAAGAAGGAGAAGAGAAAGAAGAAGGUGACGAAGAUGAAGAUGAUCAAUUUUUUGUUCCACAUGGUUAUUUAUCGGAUGAUGAAGGUGUUGCUGCAGAAGAGGGUGAAGGUCCAAUUCCUUAUGAAAUUAAGCAGUUGCGUCAACAAUUAUCUGUUGCAGAAUAUGAAGCAGCACAUCGUCGUGGACUUCAGCGUUUAAAGCCAUUAUUAAUAGGACCUUUAUGGUUGCCUGAACCAGUAGAAUGUUGUGUACCAACUAGUAAUACAACAACAAAUAAUAAUAAUAAUAACCAUCUUGAAGAGAAUAAAGAAAACAUUGAAUUACCAGAAAGAUUUAUUCUCACUAAACAAACCAAUGAAAAGACAGAAUUUCAAUUAAUGAAAUCUGUUUUAAGCGUAUAUCGUGUGCAUUUAUGGACAACAAAUUUACCGAUUUCUGUUGAGCCAGAUAUUAUUACCACUACUACGCCUUCAAGAAGACCUAAAAGAUCUAUCCCAGAAGAAGCGAUGGCGUAUUUUAUUCACCUUGUUCAUCGAAGUCCUUUGGGAAAGCAUAAAUUAGCUUUUGAAUUCCGUGUAUUUUGGCAUCGUCAUACUACUGGAAGUCUGCCAGAAUGUUUACAAUAUAUGGAAUACAAAAAAUAUAAUGCUGCUACAAUGGGAUCGUCAACUGCACGUGGUAGUCCUUCUGUAUUAUCUGGUCCAGGUUGGGAUAGUUUACCGUUAAGUCAAUCACUUGUAUUAUCCAAAUUAGCUGAGAUCGCUGUUUUCACUGAAGGAAGGUGGAUGGUUAACGCCGAAGUACUUCAGAAAUAUGCUUCACGUAUUUCUAAUCUGUGCAAUACUCAGGAAUUAAAUGGAGUUGUUGGUGGUCUAGACAAAGUUGAUAAUAAUAAUAAUAACAACAACAAUAGUUUUGUAUUUCCUCCAUGGGAAUAUUUAACAGAUGUAGCAGUGACUAGUAUCCGGGUAAAUCGUGCUUCAUCAACAACUAGUCGUCGAUCUGUAGAAAUACCACAGUCACAACUACCAUCAACUGCAGAUCGUUUACAAGAAUCACAGCAAAACGUAGUAACUACUAAUAAUUCUCCAGUUGUUUUACUGCAACCCAUACAAUCAUUAUCUUCGAAUGUUACAGAAUAUGGUAAACAAAGAAGUAAAGAAUCAUCAGCUCAGAAGAAUGAACGACCAGUUAAACCUAAAAAAAUUCACUCAUCUGAAAACGACAUUAAUUCAUCGAUUAGUAUAAGUCAGGAGAAUUGUUCUUCUCCAAAAGUGAUUACUUCUCAUACUCCAAGCCGACGAAAAGGAGUUACCAGUAAAACUCCCACAUGUGAAAAAGACACUCCUUCAUCUGUCAAUAACAUUCAAGAAGACUGUUCUUCUCCUAAGGUGAUUCAUACCACUGCUUCAUCACAACCUUCAAAUCGAGGCAAAGUUAGCACUAGUAGAAUUAUUGCAUCUGAAAAAGACACUGCUUCACCUGCCCACAUAAGUCAAGAGGAUUGUUCUUCUGCUAAGGUGACUACUACUCCUACUUCUGGUACAUCACAAACUCCAGGUCGAAAAAGAGUAACCUUAGAUUCAUUUCUUAUACCGCCUCCAAAACGAUCGAACGUUAUUGCAUCCUCUGAAAUCCAAUCGGAUGAUGAUUGUAUUAUAGUCGACCCGGAAUGACAAUUGUUUCAUUCUCACAACAUAUAUAUAUAUAUCUGUAUAUUGUUUAAAAAUAUUUGUGAAUAGUGUAGGAGAUAUAUGCAUUGUUUAUGUAUGUAGACCCUAGUAGUUUUAUUUUUCGGGAUCCAUGUUUUGUUUGAGAUGGUUUAUUUCACGGAUCCCUUUUAAUUACUGUAUUAUUCAUUCUCUCUUAUUCUAUCAUAAUUGUCU